AUGCCGACGAGGGUCGGUGCGAUGGGCGACGACGAAGGCGGCGACAAGGAGAAGGACGAAGAGGCGGAGCGGGAGCGUCUGGAAGCCAUUGCCGAGGCCGAGGAGCGCAGGAAGGAGAAGCACCGCAAAAUGGAGGAGGAACGAGAGCGAAUGCGACAAGAAAUUCGCGACAAAUACAACAUUCAGAAGAAAGUGGAAGAGUCACACGCUGCACAAGAUGCCUUACCAGAGAACUCCCUCAACAGGAAGAAGAAAACACCUGAGGAAUUGGCUGCAGAAGCAGAGCUUGCGGAUCAGGACGAGUUCACCAAGUUGAAGAACCAACUUGAGAGCCAAGUGACAGAGAUCAAGAGUCAAAUCGAAGGAAAAUGCGUUGUGCAGUGACCGAAACUCGUUUCGUCCCCAUCCUGCAACGAACCUCUUCCGAAGUGCUCGCAAAGCUCUCCCAGAAGAAGAAGAAAAGAAUAUAAGAAAAAUACAAAAAAGUUUUUCGUUACAGAAGAAAAAAAUUUAGAGCCAAUCGGCUCGUCAUACUAAAACUUUAACCUAGCGUGAAGAAAAAAAAAACUCGAUCGGCGUGUGCGAAGAAAUGGAAAUCGAACGCCGAUUCUCUUUAGCUUGAGCAGCGCUUUUCUUUUCUUUUUAGCAAAAAAAGGGGGGAAACAACGGAAUGAACUGUAAUUUGCGAAUUUCGGGUUGCAGGAAUAUUUAGCGUGAAGCAAUGCCAGCCCGUUGUGCGUGGUUGUGGUUACAAAUUGAGUGGCUGAGCUGACGUCAGGGAAAAGGAAAAACGUUUUUUUUGCUGCUGGUUUUUGCUUUUCUUUUCUUAAAAAAAAUUAAUUUUGCGGGGGGAGACGAUGAUUAGCCCAGCAGGAAAGUUUUAGUGCGUUCGCAAGUGAAUUGUUGGUGAUCAUUCAGUUGCUCUGGAUGUCUUGUGAUCGAAGCUAUUCGUAGGCGGAGUUUCGUGGCAUUUCAAGAUGACCGGCUUUUGUGAUCACGGAAGUUCUCAAUUGCCUUCUGUGUAUCGCGGGAAGCUGUUAUGCGAGAUGAACCAAGUCUUUCUGUUUUGUCAAUGUUUCGGCUUUGAGGCUUUAGCACGGGUCGUGUCCAGCACGAGCUCGUUUUUUCCCCCUUCUGUAACAUAAGUCUGUAGACACUGAACUGUAUACCUUCCGAAUGUCUCGCCCCAGAUUUUCAGCCCCUUUUUUCCUCAGUUGUCCGAGUGUCGUCUGAACAACCAUUGCUGCACUGCGAGUGGAAGAUUUUUUUCGGAGGACGGGAGACUGUUUAUUAAAUAUUCCGCAGACUUUAGAGAUUUUCUGGUAUCGUUGAAAAGAAAAUUCGUGCUUUUUCAAUGCGCAUCCUUUUGUAGACUAUGAGCAAUGGACAGCGUUUCUGCGUCUUGCUUGAGCUGAAAAAAGGUGCCGAUUUGAGUGCGUGAGGGUUUUUUGCGAGGUCUUUGAAAUUCAGCGCUGAGUCGCUGUUGAGGCCGUGUGACUGCGUGGGUUUUUUCUCCUGUAGUUUGAUCGUAGGGCGAUGAUCAGGCGUCGUUUUUUGGUCUGAAUAAAAAAAAAAUGUGUGCACUGAUGUAGUCAAAAUGUCAGAAUAAUGAAAUUUGCGAAAGGAUAAGUGCAGCAGCGGUUGGAACGACGUGCUUUUACCCCAUUCAUAUUAGAAACUCUGGCCUCGUCGCGUUUGGAAACUCACAAAUUUCUGGACCACUUGUGAAGGGCCAAACGCUUCAGCCGGAUUAGGAAACAUCGCGUUUUGUUUUUUCAAGUGCAAACCAAUUAUAUUUUUUUGUUUUUGUUUCGGUUUUCUUUUUUUGACUGGAAAGUGGUUGUUUUUAACCUGGAGCCAAGCUACUCACCUAUCCACAUGUAUCGCGUGUGAGUGAAGAAUCGUUACUUGAGCUGGAGAAGGGCAUUUUGCCCAGUGAGUUAAACGUUGCAUCUUUUUGCAGAGCAGACUUUUAGCGAGGUUCGGAUUCGUUUCGGCUUUUCUUAUUUUUUAUCCUUUGACGGAGCAGGAGGGUUUGGGGGAAUGUUAGUGUUGAUAAUCGCAAAGCAAGGGAAAAAAUCACAAUCACUUCGUGGCGAAAUCUUGGGUUGCCUUCGAGUCGGUUAAUUAGGCGGAUGACCAGAAGACGCUCACGCCUUUAUUUGCAUGCCAUGUGUGUGAGGGAAAACGGGAAGGAGCCGCGGGUGGUCUGUUUAUGAUCGUUAGUUGAACAAAGUGAUGCUGAAGCUAUGUACCAGGAGAGGAGCAAGGAAAAGUUCUUUUCAGGAAACCAA